ACUACCACCGCGCUAGGUCUUAAAAAAAAAGAAAAAAGAAAAACACCGUGCUCUCAGCCGUCGCCGCCGUGCCCUACCUUCACCGCCGACGCGUCGAUCCCCAACGCGCGUCGCCUCCGUCGCCAUUCUCGUUCGUCCUCGUCGGGAAAUCGCGUUCCUGGUGUCUCCAUCAUUCCAAGGCCAUUGGGGUUUUGAGGUUUUGAUGCAGUCAAAGUUCACUGCCAUAUUGUUGUUUGAGAAUUGAUCCAGAUAUGUCCGUCCAUUAUCUGCUGUAACGCUUGAGUCAGCGGAUACUGAUUUCCAGUUGAUAGCACUUCACAUCAGGGCUCUUGUGGUUUUUCUUUUGGCAGAGAUUAUGAUGGAGUGCAACAGAGAAGAGGCCUUCAGGGCCAGGGAAAUUGCUCUAAAACAGAUGGAAAAUGAAGAUUUCAUUGGUGCCCAAAAGAUUGCACUUCAAGCUCAAAUGCUUUUUCCAGAGCUUGAAGACAUAUCUAAACUGUUAAACAUAUGCAAUGUACAUUGUGCAGCAGAGGCAAGGGUGAAUGGAGAGACGGACUGGUAUGCAAUCCUUCAGGUGGAGCCAACAGCAGAUCCUGAUCACAUAAAAAAGCAAUACCACAGGCUUGCAAAGUCAGUCCAUCCGGAUAAAAAUUGUUUUAGUGGUGCUGAAGCUGCUUUCAAGUUGGUCUCUGAAGCUUAUACUGUAUUGUUUGAUCAAACAAAGCGAUCUCAUUAUGACAUCAGAAGGCUUAAUGCUUUGAGAAAAGUACGAAAACAAGCUACACAGCAACAAAAGAAGAGUGACACAAGUAAAUCUGAUGUGCCUGGAUAUGUAGCAUCUUUUUGGACUAUAUGCCCCCACUGUGAGACACAAUAUCAGUACCCCAUCUAUGUCCUAAACACUGUGAUGUGCUGUUUGAGCUGUCGAAAAAAUUACUUUGCAUACAACUUAAAGGAACAGUAUGUGCCAACUUCAUCAAGUGUUCCCAGUAGUUUUCAAGUUCCAGCAAAGAUGUUUCCAAGUCAACAAGGCCACCCUGUGAAGCUUUCUUCUGUACGGGGAACCACAUAUGUGAAGCCAAGGAUGAACGUGGCCCAUUGUGAUGAAUACAUGAAAGGGUAUAGCAGGUCAAGCAUGGAUGAGAAAGCUAAUCAGUCUCAGUCAGGAACAAGGGUGGGAAAUCAAUUUUCAGCAAUGAAUCAAGAUAAAUCUUCUGUACCGACUGUAAAUGCGCAUGUGGGUGAAAGGUCAAUACCAAUUCCUGCUGAUCCAGACAUCAUUGGCAUACAGAAGUCGGGUACAGAAGAGGCAUCUGCAGCUCCAAAUGCUAAGAAGGUCCCUGGUCCUGUGAAGCUCUCCUCUACAGGUGUAAACACAUAUACGAAAGUAAAGAUAAAUGUGGCACGGUGUGAUAUAAAAGGGAAUGGCAGCACAGGUGGUGACAAGGAAGCCAACCAGUCAGACAUUACAAGCAGGAAAGUUGAAAUUCCAACGAUGAAUCAAGCUAAAUCUUCUGCCCAAACGACAAACAUUAACACAGAUGGAAGAUGGAUGCCAAAUCCUGCUGAUCCAAAUGUUGACAGAAAUAACUUGUGGAAAGAAGAUAUAUCUACAGUGUCAGAUGGUGCAGGAUCCUCCAGUCUCCGGAGAUCGGCUAGGAGAAAGCAAGAUGCUGCUGGGAGCAGUAACCUGGACUCUAAUAGCAAAAAGAAGCAAAGGAUAAAUGAUUUGCAAUCUAGUGACUUGAACUGCAAGAACAUGUUGGAUGAUAAUGUCACUAACGCUGACAGGCAAUCAGUUCCACCUCAUGUGUCCAGCAAAAUAGACAUCCAAGAGAAAGCUAAAACUAGAGAUAUGGGUGAUCAGGACAAUAUCAACGCAGAAGCUACAGAUACUGUUGGUCAGAAUGAACAAAGCUAUUCUGUGAAGCUUUCUCUCCCAGAUACAGAUUUCUUUGAUUUUGAGAAGUUAAGGGAUGUCAAUAUGUUUGCAGUUGGUCAGAUCUGGGCCAUUUAUGAUAACCUUGACGGCAUGCCAAGAUAUUAUGCUAGAAUAAAACGUUUUGACGCCUCCAACUUCAAUGUUCAUCUCACUUGGCUGGAGUACAUUGAAGCGAAUGAAGCAGAGAAGAAAUGGACUGAUGAAGAAAUGCCUGUUGCUUGUGGAAGCUUUCGCUUGGGAACAGCAGAUAUAUCACAAGACAGGCCCAUGUUUUCGCAUAUUGUUUCAGGGGCAAAAUGCAAAAAAAGGAACUAUGAAAUACAUCCUAGUAAGGGUGAGGUAUGGGCUCUUUAUAAGGGAUGGAGCUUGCAGUGGGGAUCAGAUGCAGAUAACCAUAGGUCCUAUGAAUAUGAAGUGGUUGAAGUCCUGUCAAAUGUCUCGGUUAGUGCUGGCGUUUCUGUUGUCCCAUUGGUCAGGAUUAAAGGCUUUGUCAGUCUAUUUGCGACAGCUAAGGACAAAUCUGAAAUCGUGAUAGCAUCAAGUGAGCUACUUCGUUUCUCUCACAGCAUCCCCUUUUAUAGGACAAAUGGGAAUGAGAAAACUGGUGUCCCAGGAGGGUUCCUAGAACUCGACACUGCAUGUCUCCCAGUCGACCUGGAUGCAGCAUUUCCUUCCGUAACUCUCGAAUCAUUCAUGUCUCCCUGCAAUAAAGAUGAUAUCACAUUCACUGAUUUUUGUGGUGACGGUGCAAUAGGUAAAGAUGAAGAUAUUUUUUCUGAGCAGAACACAUCCUUGCCGAAAACUGCCCAUGGUUGUAAUGGUUUAGGUGCUUCCUCUACACAAAAUUGUCCCUCCCCAAGAAUUUAUACCUACCCUGAUUCUGAAUUCCAUAACUUUGAAGAAUUCCGCUCAUGUGAGAACUUUCAGUGUGGACAAAUCUGGGCUUUAUACAGUGAUCUUGAUUACUUCCCCAAGUUCUAUGGCUGGAUAAGUAAAGUCGAGCUAGAACCUUUUGAAGUGCACUUGACCUGGCUCGAAGCUUGCCCUCAACUGAAGCAGGAGAAACAGUGGUUGAAGCAGGAUAUACCUCUCAGCUCUGGUAACUUUAAAAUUCGAAACUGGGAAACUAAGUAUGAAACUAAUGAUACUUUCUCUCAUUUAGUAUACGCCGGACCUAUUGAGUCAAAUCAGCAGAUUCGAAUUCUUCCUCAAGUAGGCGAGAUUUGGGCCAUCUACAUGAACUGGACACCUGACUGGACUCCCUCCAGCAUUGAUGCUUGUGAAUUUGCUAUGGGUGAGAUCAUUGAACGCACUGAAGCUAGCACAAAAGUUUCUUUGCUGGCUCAAGUUGAUGGUUACAGAGCGGUGUUCAAGCUUGACAAGAGAAAGGUAGCUCUGGAGAUACCUUCCAGGGACAAUCAGAAGUUCUCUCACCGAGUCCCCUCGUUCCGUCUGACAGAAGAAAGUGGUGGCAAGCUCCGUGGCUUCUAUGAGCUCGAUCCAGCCUCUGUUCCGGAUGUUUUCCUGUACAGGGAUGCCCCAUGAGAUGCUGAUGACAAACAGCAAAUCCCUUCCAGUAGAUUCUGACUAAGAACUAUGUCUUAUUCCGAUAUAUAUUCUUCUGUGUUAAAUAUUAUACCAGUCAGUUUAGUCUGUUAAAGAUCAUGCUAGCAUUAGAUCAGAUGGCAAGUAACCAGGUCACCAGUGCCAGUAAAAGGGUUCUGCUGCUCAAACCAGAUUGCAAUACCUUGCAAGAGUCCCUCAGGCAUGGUGUCAGAAGUGUUGCUCAAUUCAAGUUUUUGUUGCUGUUGAAGGAUUUGGCGUGUGGUCGGAAGCGGUGAAGGAGGAAGAAGAGAAGUGAAAUCCCCUUUUUCCCUUUCUUUUUCGUCUGGAACUGAGGACGCGGGAAGAAAACAAAGGCACUGGUUGUUGGAAUGUUGAAAUUGUUGGAUACCUGGAAUGUUUUGUGUUAUCCAUGCUAGGAUCAUCAGACUACCCA